GUAGUUUCAUACAAUCUCAACUCCGCAAUAGUUGCCGCCCAAAAACAUCUCAAGCGCCAGUGUUUAAUGCAAGGUAGUAGCAACCAGCCUUUCCCCAACGACAUGAUUCCGGAGGAUUACAGCCAAUAGCGUGCUGGGACUGUGCCAUAUUAGUGCAAUCUUACCAGCGAAUGUUGAAUUCAUUGGCCAACAUAGGUAGUUCCAACAAGCCCGAGUCCCAUCAGUAUCACUUCACAUUUGCCGCCGAGGUCUCCCAUGUGCUCUCCGAGGUUUCUCCCAAGUUCCCACGAUCCCCAAACAUUAAACCUCACCAUGUCGAGCUCUGAGCUAUACCGAGUUUUUAAGCUCAAGUUCAAGCUCGCCAUUCAGGACCCCGACAUGCCAAGCCCUCGGUAUCACACGGUCAUUUUCGUCGAGACAAAUGCUCAGGGCCCAGGCACCGGCAUGAAGCACCACGUCACCGGUGAUAUCGUCAACGGCAUGUCCUACGAAUCAGAUCCGUACCAAAACGCCCAUAUAUCCGAAACUCGCCACUCGAGAGAAGUCAUCGGCUAUACCAGGGCUUCUACUUAUCCGCACGCCUGGGACAGAAUCCUCAGCGCUCUCCCAGCUCCCCCGAAGCAGAAGGCUUUCAACCCCAAAACCAUGAAGACGGAGCCGGUCAAGGAUUGGAAUCCGUUGGCUUUCUACCAGCCUGGGGAGCCUCGUCGGCCGCUGGUGAAAUGCACCGAGUGGACGGAAAAUCAGGCAAUCCCCGCCCUAUUUAACGAAGGACUGGUUCAAGCAUCUCCCUAGUGUGUCAGGGGUUGCUAUCCCGCAUGUACAGCAGAAGAUUGGAUGUAAUGUCCGGAAUGGCUAUAAUAUGUACACUUGAACGACUCUGUUUUCGGAGACUGCAAAGAGCUAGUCUAGUGUACUGUCAACAGAGACCCCAGUGCCUAUAAAAUAUAGCGACCUCGACCCUGGAGGGUGGGGGGGCGGCGCGGUGUCAGGAGAAUGCAGGCUUGUUACGUUUCUUUCCUUUUUCUUUUCUCUUGACACGGGAUGUUUCCUGGGAAGAAUGAUGCUGCUCAAC